UCGAGACAAAUAUUACGAAUAUACCAUUAAAAACAUCAAAAAGUAAGUAGGAAAUUAGUCAAAACUGCUGCCUAUUCCACAAAGAAAUACACAUCAUCUGCGUUAAUAGAGGAUUUCAUUUUUUGCAUAUCGUUAAAGGUGUUUCAAACUUACCAAACAAAAAAAAGAAGAGAAAAGAAACUCUCAUUUGAAUCGAUAAAGAAGUGCCGACUGCCUCUUUCUCAAAAAUCGAUUUUGCCAUUUCGUCGUGUAAAAAGUGAGCCGUGUAAAGUGUUUCGAUUUGGUUGAAAAUUAUUAAUUUUAUGGAAAAAUUCCAGACUCUGUUGCCUUGUAGAAAAGUUAAAUCACAUCAUUCAAUCCUGGCUACGCGAUUCAUCAUCAACCCUCCCUGCAUGCUGAAAUUAUUGGCAUAUGUGCAACGGUAAAAAAUGGCUUCACAGAACGAGAGCCAUGAAUUGUUCGAGGGAUGGAUUCUUGCGCAGACUCUUGGCGAGGGAGCUUACGGAGAAGUCAAACUGCUAAUCAACAAACGAAAUGGUGACACAAUUGCAAUGAAAAUGAUCGAUCUACUCCGGCAUCCAGACGCAACAGCUUCCGUGCGAAAAGAGGUUGGCAUCCAGAAAAUGCUGAACAACAAACACAUUCUCCGAUUGUAUGGCAAACGUACCGAGUGCGACGUUGAGUACAUUUUCUUGGAGUAUGCCGUCGGCGGGGAACUAUUCGAUCGAAUAGAACCGGAUGUGGGAAUGGAACGACACAGUGCUCAACGUUAUUUCAAGCAGUUGCUGGAGGGUGUAAUAUAUUUGCAUUCGAGAGGCAUCGCGCACCGUGACUUGAAGCCGGAAAAUCUGCUGCUCGACAAAAAUGACAAUCUGAAAAUAUCGGACUUUGGAAUGGCCACACUAUUCAGAGUGCAGGGAAAGGAACGACUGCUCGAUAAACGGUGUGGCACGUUACCGUAUGUGGCGCCUGAAGUGUUAGCCGGUUCGUACCGCGCUCAGCCAGCCGAUCUAUGGUCGUGCGGAAUUAUAUUGGUGGCUAUGAUCACGGGAGAAUUACCGUGGGACAAACCGGGCACCGAUUCGUCACCGUACAUCAAAUGGAAAAGCAACGAUCGUUGGACGACGAUUAUGCCGUGGCGGAAAGUGGACACGCUCGCCCUGUCGCUGCUUCGGAAGAUGUUGGAUCCGAAUCCGACAAAGCGUUUGGUGAUGGCCUCAAUCGUCGAUCACAAAUGGUGUAACAUGCUCUUUGAGAAUUCAGAUUACAAACACAAUCGCGACUGUACCGAUUCAUCGUCUCCCCGUGCCAAACGCCAACGUCAUGGUUCCAGCGACGACUGUAUCCAAUCGAAUUACGCCAGUUCACACGUUCAACAGUCGCAGCCGGCCCAUUCAGACUCGCGGCGAACAAACGUUGUACAAGACAUUGAAGCACGGUAUUCGUGCUUCUCGCAGCCGGCCAAUCUGGAUGAUCUGUUAUUGAAUUCUCAAAUGAAUCCGACGCAGAGCACCAAUCAGAACAUAUUCCAACAGUUGGUGCGUCGAAUGACAAGGUUCUUUGUGUCGACCGAUAUCGACACGUCAAUCAAACGAUUGUCAAAUAUCUUUGACCAUUUGGGUUUCACUUGGAAGAUCAACGAUUGCGGCAUGAUGUCAAUUUCGACGAUUGAUCAGCACAAAUUGCUGUUAGUGUUCAAAACGAAUCUGGUAGAAAUGGAUGGAAAUAUUCUGCUUGACUUCCGGCUAUCAAAAGGAUGCGGUUUAGAAUUUAAGCGACGAUUCAUUAAAAUCAAAUCAAUGUUGACUGAUGUUAUUGUUAAGGGACCUGUUACUUGGCCCAUUGCGGUCGCCACUCACUCGAUGCCUUAAAGAUUAGUAGACCUAGCCGAUUUACAAAUUUAAAAAAUAAAAAGUUUUUUUUAUUGACACUGAA